GAGAACAUGGAAUCAUUCACCGCACGCCAUUGCAGCACAACGGUCCUGCGUCUUUUCGCUAGUGCAACAUCAUGUGCAAGUUCACCAACCGGCUGUUUGUCUUCGCCCUGCUGCUUGUGGGACUUGGAAGAAUUCUGGCCCAACCCGUUGGCGGAAAGAUUAGGACGGGAAAUUCGAAGAACGUGGUCAGCGACUUGCUGGAGGUCUUGUACGACGACUAUUCUGAGAAUGGUUUUCAGCGCGAGGACAUUCUGUACGACCAACGGCAAAAAGGAGCGGAGAAUUAUCAGUUCAAAGUGGAUGGGGUCGUCAUCGGAUUGGCGCCUCAACUGAGUUCCAGCUUGCUCUACUCAAUGGCGGAGUCCUAUUUGAGUGACAUGAUGUUGCGCCAAUCGACCCCAGAUCCAGAGUCAACUCAAAUGUACGAAAGGGAUCCUGAGGCCGAUACAGAUUCUGGACCCACCGAGGGCGUUACUAAGAUUCCUGAGUUAGCCCAAAUUGAUUUGGAGAGCAGACAACAUCAAAUUGUAGCUUCACAAUCUGCCAGCCGAUCUCCAACUCAACUGCUCCAAUUACUUAAGAUGCUCAAAAGUUCUAAGGCCUAAAGAAAUUUUUUCUAAGUUCUUGGAAAAUACACUCGAAAUACAACCACUCUUUGAAUUUAAAUUUCCGUUGAUCUCAUUGGUGGGGCUCCACUGUACAGAUAUGUAACUUUUAUCACAUUUCUAUUAAAAAUAUAUAAAUAAUGAAAGCCUAACUCAGUAGGCAAUCAAUCCUAAAAUUUUCGACAAAAAGACAUCGAUAUUCCACCCGUUGAUUCCUGGCCACAUAUAAUCAAAUCAAAGCUUUUUAAGCCUGCGUACUUGUAUACGAAGAAUCCGCAAAGGGUGGACAAUGAUCGGAAAUAGGAUUCUUGAUUACAUUUGUUGGUGGAUAGUUUUCCACAAUUGGGCCAUCAAACUUGGAAAGUCCUUUCAGGUCCUUGACACAAGCGUUUGUAGAUUGUUCUCCAAUCCAAUCCAACCCCAUGCAGCGAAGAUUCGUGGAUCACUAACAGGCAAUUAUGGGUGAUAUCAGACAACAGGUUGCCGGUUUUCGCAUUAAAAGAUUGCUUAUACAUAUGUAUAUAAAAUAUAUAUGCUCUGAAUAUACAUAAAUAUCCAACCACAACGUCUCCAGUUGGGCACAUCAGUACAAAGUGACGCACCUUGAAACAAUCCCUGUCCAGAUUGACCGUUUUGUUGCCGCCCAUUUCGUCUAGCAUACUUGAUUCGCCAAAUCCCCACGCAGAGGAUUGUUUUAAAAUAUGGAAAA